GCGCGCUCUUUUUAUUAAAUAAGUCGAAAAGUUGGCAGACAAUUACAGUGCGCUUUUGGAAUGUAUGUGUAGAUAAUUUUUUUUUAAUUUUAUCGGAUGAAACAGUGUUAACAGUUAGUAACAGUUGCGGACAAACUGCACUUAUAUCUAUCCUCCUCAAAAUGUUACAAGAGAUUAUUUCCAAAUGGAGGUACAGACAAUAUUUGUACUGCAUCAGUGCGUUGGUGUCGAUGGCCGCCUCUGGAAUUCAUGGAACAUGGACUUCUCCAUUUAUCCCACAGUUGGAAUCUGAAGAUUCCCCGAUAGGCGUACAACUAACAACAAUAGAAUCUGCUCUAGUUGUAAGUCUUUAUAGCUUGGGUUUAUUUUUGGGAAGCGUCCUUACAGUCCCUGCAUAUGACACGUUUGGUAGGAAGGUAAUGUUUAUUGCUGGUAAUAUAUUAAACUUAAUCUCUUGGUUUUUUAUAUUAUUUGCUCGUACUUCAAUUACUUUGUAUAUUGGAAGGAUUAUUGCUGGAAUUGGAUCAAUCAUUUGUACACAAAUUUCACCAAUGUACAUUGGAGAAAUUUCGGACAACGAUAACAGAGGCAUAUUGGGGUUUUUGUAUUCUAUUUUAAACAGUUGUGGAUCUGUUAUCGGAUUGAUAAUAGGUCCGUAUGUAUCCUACAGGGCUUUUGCAAUUAUGGCAAUAUGCACGGUAUUAAUUGCAAUUGUAUGCCUUCUACUAAUUCCGGAAACGCCCUAUUUUCUCAUUAAAAAGCACAAAUAUGAAGAGGCAGAAAAAGUAAUAUGGAAACUUGCAAGUAAUGCUUCUGAUAAAGAAUUUGUGCAAAAGAGACUGCAGGAAAUCACUGAGUCUGUACAGAAGGAUAUGUCAAAUAAAUCAUCGAUUAAUGAAGUCGUUUGCAAUGGAAGAUAUAUAAAACCCAUGCUACUUCAUUUUGGCUUAAAUCUUGUCUAUUACAUGUCCGGUAUCGCAAUCAUAGGAUCGUAUUUGCAAACAAUACUCAACGCAGCCGAAAGCACAAUAUCAUCAAAUCUUUCAAGUUUGAUUUUCGGAAUAGCUAGCAUUAUUUGUGUACUCAUUUCUGGUCAAGUGGUGGAUCGAUGGGGCAGGAAGCCUCUGCUAAUUAUUUCCUGCAUCUUCAGUGCGAUAUCCAUGUUUGUUCUCGGAGCGUACUUUUACAUUAACGAAACAAAAUCAUUUAAUAUGGCACCUGUAUCGUGGUUACCAUUGACUAUUCUAGUCGUCUUUCAAAUAUCGAUUACCAUUGGCAUUAGUCCGGUGCCGCAAGUCAUUAUUUCCGAACUGUAUCCGAUGAAUGUCAAAGGCAUUGCGAUAGGAACGGUUGGAGCCUUACUGACUCCUAUAGCUGUACUCGUUCAAAUGACCUACGAACCGCUGAACGAAUUUUGGGGAUUGUAUGGUAACUUUUGGUUGUUCGGCACAUGCAGUGUUUUGGGUAUUUUCUUUACCGUCUUCUUCAUACCCGAAACAAAAGGAAAAUCUUUUCAAGAAAUACAAAUGGAAAUCUAUAAGGAUUUGGCGGAAACUGCCGAUGUUAAGUAGCUAACUACGAAUUUUGUUUGAGUUUAUCUGGAUAUGCCUUAACCAAAAUAUAAUUUAUGUAAAUAGUAGAAUGUUAUAAAAUCAUUCGUCAAAUACAGGAUUGUAAUACUCUAUUAUCAUCCAAAUCUGGAUGAAUGGGUAUCAUAUUCUUCACUUCAUUUUAAUGAUAGUCAUCGCCCAUACCAAAACAGGGAAACCAUUUGAACCUUCCCUAAUUUAAAUACUUUUGUGGUGCACAGCACUUCAAACGAACCACUCGGGAGUCUUCUUUCUUAAUAACCUAACGUGAGUCAUUAUUCAAGGAUGGGAUGCAAUUCCUGCAAUUGUGACUUAACAACUACGUAUGGUAGUGAGAUUACAAAAUGUUCUUAGACUUAAGGGAUAUCCUACAGGAUACUAUACUAUUUUGGAACGUACUAAAGCUAUACACUUAUAUAAGAACAUUUUAUAUUCUUGGAUUGUUAAUGUGUAUGCUGUGACUUAAGCAAUAUUUGCUAUUGUUCCAAUUAUAUUUGGUUUUCUAAAUGA